AUGUCUGGUCCCAUCACUUUGAGAACUAAGAAAGCACUCCUCACACGAUAUUGUAAUAAUUCGAACGAAAUAAUCGCGCAGUACGAAGGGGACGCGUCGCACGAUGAUAUCUCACCGAACUCUAGAGAAUUUUUGGAACACAUCCACACAGCUAUGCUGGAACUCAAAGCAACAAGUAAACUAGUGGCCGACCAACUUGAUGCCUUCGUUAACGUCAUUGAAGCAAUGGGUGAUGCACUCAGCGAAGACCAUGAAGCGCAAGCGCUUGAAUGUAUAGAAAAGGCUCACCUUGCCAUUGAUCGCGCAGAAAAGCUUGCUAUUAAGUUAGAGGCCAAACGCAUUAGUGUUAGAGAAACGGGUAAUCAGCCCAUCAUCACCCGAAAUAGCGGACAGUUGGACAUAGCAGCACCGAAACUACCCGCUAUUCCAAUACCGACAUUCACCGGAAAGAUAUGGGACUACGCUAACUUUUGGACGCUUUUUAACGCAAACGUCCAUAGCCAACCCUCCCUGACUAACUUACAAAAAUUCAACUUUUUAAUAAAUGCGCUCAAGGGUGAAGCUCGCGAAAUGGUGAGGCGCUAUCCGGUUACUGAAGAAAACUAUGAACCUGCCGUUAACCUACUGCAGAAGAAAUACGGCAACGAUGCAUAA